AUGGCCGGCUCGCUGGGCAGGGGGGCGGCGUGCUGGCGGAUGAGGAGCUCGGCGGGAGGCAGGAAGGAGAAGCCAGCGGGAGGCAAGCCCCAGCCGCGGCACGAAAAUAUGAAGAAGCCCUGGAGCCCUGAUUUAUCAGUUGAUAACCUCUCACACGAUUCAGACUUCACAUCUGCACUGGACAGGGAAGGUGAGAAAGAAUUAGUAGCUGAUGGCACUGAGGAAAAGAAGGAGAGAGAGAAGAAACAGAGCAAUUUCACUUUGUGCAACGUUUGCAACAUUCAGCUGAACUCUGCUGCUCAGGCACAAAUCCACUACAACGGCAAAUCCCACCAGAAGAGGUUGAAACAGCUCAGCAAUGGCAAUCUCAAAAGUGAUAAUGGUGGUACAUGCCAGAGCCCUGCUCUUCCAGCCCUAGUGCGUCCUCCUGCUCCACCUCUGCAGCCCUCACUGGAUAUUAAACCCUUUCUUCCAUUUCCUCUGGACACUGCUGCAGCAGUCAAUCUCUUCCCCAACUUCAAUGCAAUGGAUCCAAUUCAAAAAGCUGUAAUAAAUCAUACAUUUGGGGUUCCUCUUCCCUAUAGAAGAAAGCAAAUCAUAUCAUGCAACAUUUGCCAGCUGAGAUUCAAUUCUGAUAGCCAGGCUGCGGCCCACUACAAAGGCACUAAACAUGCCAAGAAGCUCAAAGCACUGGAAGCCAUGAAAAAUAAGCAGAAAUCUGUUACUACCAAGGACAGCGCAAAGACUACCUUCACUUCCAUCACUCCCAAUACCAUCAAUACCAGCUCUGACAAAACAGAGGGUAGCCCAGGAACACCAGCAAUAUCAACCAUGCCGACGCUGGAAAUGCGGAAGAACAGUGUUACGGCAACUGAGAUGACCUCGAAAGUGGAGAAAAUCCCCACCACGUCCACUGGCAGCACCACAUGCCCUUCUGCUGAGACUGAGGAAGAAAAAGCAAAAAGACUGCUCUACUGUUCACUAUGCAAAGUUGCUGUCAACUCUGCCUCACAGCUGGAGGCGCACAACAGUGGGACUAAGCACAAAACUAUGCUGGAAGCUCGCAAUGGAAGUGGAACCAUAAAAGCCUUUCCCCGGGCAGGCGUAAAAGGCAAAGGACCUGUGAAUAAAGGGAACACAGGCCUUCAGAACAAAACAUUUCACUGUGAAAUAUGUGAUGUGCACGUAAACUCUGAGACACAACUGAAACAGCACAUAAGCAGUAGAAGGCACAAAGACAGAGCUGCUGGGAAGCCACCUAAACCUAAAUACAGCCCCUACAACAAACUCCAAAAGGGAACACAUCCUCUAGGGGUAAAAUUAGUAUUUUCAAAGGAACCUUCGAAGCCGAUGGCUCCCCGAAUCUUACCAAAUCCACUGGCAGCUGCAGCAGCAGCUGCUGCCGUGGCUGUGAAUUCCCCUUUCAGUCUUCGCACAGCCCCAGCAGCCACCCUGUUCCAGACUUCAGCACUUCCUCCAGCACUCCUACGACCAGCUCCAGGGCCAAUACGGACCACCCACACUCCCGUGCUCUUUGCUCCUUACUGA